AUGGCAUUGAUUGAGAGACUUCAAAGAAGAGCUUCUGAUUGGGGCUUGUUGCCCAGGCUUUUGCAAUUGCUGCCGAGAUUGGCGAUCAUUAGUGGUAUCAUUGGGUUUGCAUGGCUGGCUGUGUAUCUCCCAUUGGAAGGCGAAUUCAGACGUACGUACAUUUCAGAAAAUGCGUUGAUGCCUUCACAGGCCUACAGCUAUUUCAGAGAAACUGAAUGGAACUUACUGCGUGGCUAUAGAACGCAAGUUAAAGAUCUUGUCAACAAACAUUCCGACGAAAGAAAUGGUAUUUUAGGUUCAUGGCUGGAGGAAAUUGGCGUUAAAACGGCUAUUCAUCACGAUCCUGAGAACAGGGACACGCUGUACGGCGUGUGGAACGCUCCACGCGGAGAUGGAACCGAGGCAAUGGUCUUGGCAGCUCCCUGGUUUAACGGCGAUGGGGAAUUUAACAUCGGUGGAGUCGCCUUGGCUACUGCUUUGACAAGAUUUUUUUCAAGAUGGCCUCUUUGGUCUAAAAAUAUUAUUGUGGUCUUUAGUGAGGAUACUAGGGCCAGUCUUUCAUCGUGGUGCCAUGCCUACCACAAUAAUUUGGAUCUUACCGGAGGCUCCAUUGAGUCUGCUGUUGUUCUAGACUACCCAGGCACCAAUGACUAUUUCAAAUACGUUGAGAUUUUUUACGCAGGCCUAAACGGUGAGCUCCCCAAUCUGGAUCUAGUCAACGUGGCGGUUCACGUCACAGAGCAUGAAGGUAUGAAAGUCUCGCUCAAUGGCGCACCAGAAUCCGAAAUUGGUGAAGAUGACUAUCCUGGAAGAAUGCAAAAAAUGCUACUGGGUAUUCGCAAAAUGGCCCUAGCAGGCGUCCAAACUUGUUAUGGUAACGAGGCCUUCAGUGGAUACAGAAUCCAAUCAAUCGUUCUCAGGGCGCGCGGAAAGGAAGGUCCAUUCGACAUCACUACUUUUGGAAGAGUGCCUGAGGCAGUCUUUCGGUCUGUGAACAAUCUCCUUGAGAAAUUUCAUCAGUCGUUUUUUUUUUACCUUCUCCUGGCGCCUCGGUAUUUUGUGUCGAUUGCGAGCUAUUUGCCGGCCGCUGUGGCCUAUUCUGCGGCCUUCAUUCUUGCAAGUCUUGAUAACUUUCUCAAAAGCAACAAGCAUUUACCCAUGGGCGCAAAUGCAGCUUUCCGCAUUUCGUUAAAUACGGCGACAACCUUUGUUGGAUCUUUCUUGGCGUCGUUCUUCAUCUCCCAAGUAUUUCUUCAGUGGCAGAAGCCUCUUGCGCUUGUGUUAGCGUCGGGCCUACUUUCCUUGAUUCCGCUGUUCCCUACAGACAUUAAACUUUCUUUGGCACAAUCCCACCAGCUCAAAUCCAUUGCGUUUUCAUACCUCAGUGUUGUUCUGACAUCUCUUUUGGUCGUGAACUUUGCUUUGGCCUUUGGCAUCGGUCUUCUGGCGUUCCCAAUGAUUUUUUUGGCGAAUACAGUGAGUCCAAGAACUGGAAUUAAGAACACAGCAUUGUUAGUACUCACUAAUCCGUUCAUUUGCAGCUGUCUGUUCGCUAAUAUUUUCGAAUCGCAGUUACCAAACCUUGAGAUAAUUUCCAGACUGAUUUCUGCUUGGAAAGAGCUUGGAUGUUGGACUUGGUUUCUCAUCUGCAUUGGGUGGCUUCCAGCAUGGAUUACCGUCGCUAUUUCGAGCUUACCUGCCGUUUUUGGUCAGAGCGUCGUCGAUAAGACUAAACCUCUUGAUGUUGACACUGACGCUGACGCUGACAUCAAGAAGCUUCAAUGA